CACUACUACCAAGCAAUGUUGGCGAUUACGCGAUUUUACAGCCAGAUUCUGGAAUGGUCGAUGGGAACAGCUGAAUAUUUUCAGAAAUCAAGUUAAUACUCGAAUUAGAUUCGAGUAACGAUGGAAAAUACCCUGGAGCGUUUGCUUGACGAGACCUUAAGCAACCCCGGUGUUGUUGGAGUUUUGUGUGCUGAUAAGCAGGGACUCUGCCUUAGUGCUAAAGGAACAGCCUCCCCAGAGUCAUCAGGCAUUGUGGUCGCCCUAUCCCAGCAGGCUGCACUGCUCAAACCAGAGACGAGUACAACGCCUGUCAUUUGCCUAGAAUCAGAUAAAGGAAAUGUCUUAGUGAAGUCUCACGAAGGUACGACCCUGGUGAUUCACAAAAUGGCAGUCUAUUGAUCACUGCCCACUAACCAUGUAACCGAGGGACGUGCAAAAUUCACAGGAGCAGUCAGGAAGAUUCAGGAUAACCAAAAGGAGGAGUCAGUCUGCAACAUGUUGAAUGGUUGCACCUACAGCUAACUCUUGUCGCGCUGACAAAAUUUUAAUGCUAGAUUGAAGGUCUAACUUGGUCAUGCUGCCAAGAUGUAGAUUGGAAUCUUGUCAAGAUUCUUUUCAUUCUAAUUGAAGGCCUUUUCGCUCCAUCAGAAAUUUCUGCGUUCAACAGAGGUCAAAGUGCAGAAUUUUGACAACACAUUUCACAUUAGGAAGAAUGUAACCUGAGUUCAGCAUCAGUAAAUUAAUCAAUCAAUUCAGCCUUAGCUGAGACCAGUACGUGCACUGCGAUAAUCUGUCAGUGUAAAAAAAAAGACAGUUGACUGUUAACAGUAGUGUUAAUAUUAAACUUUGCCAGUAAACGUAUCUGUCUUGCACGUGACAACCGCA